ACAUAAUGUAGAUGGAGUUCGUUUAAGAUGGCGCAGCUUUCUCUGCGUCCUCAAGCUGCACUCAGCAUCAGAGACCACAUCCACUAAAACAAGACACGGAGCUCCUGAACAUGGAGAACACGUCUUCAUGCUGACGGCUCGGAGCCUCCCGCCCGGUGCCUCCCGCACAGUCUCGUUUGCAUAGAUACCGUCCUGGCUUCCGGUCCUUUUUUUUUUGCAAAACUUGUAAGCUAUGCUUGUAAUACAAGUUAACUUUUACUUCCUUGUACACACAGAUAGAGGAACUGACCGUUUUGCGGGUGGCCUGUUGCUUUUUUGUUGUCAACACUCUACAUCCUCUCCGAGCCUCAUUUCAUGACUUUCUAAAUCAUGACCAGUUAGAACGUUGCGGGAGCAGAACACAACCCAAUUCACUAGUGAGCUGCAGAGAUGGCUCGUUCGGGGAAGCAGGGUGAGAUGACGGAGUACAAGAAGAUGCUGAUCAAACGGGACAUGGAGAUGGGCGUAGUCAUGACGGUGUUCCGGCAGAAGGCGGAGCGGCUCACCGUGCAGGUCAUCAUGGAGACCCGGCAGGUGGCGUGGACACGCACCGCAGACAAAACUGAUGGUGUCCUGGACCUGUUUGAGAUCAGAGAGGUUCGUCCAGGGAGGAACUCCAAGGACUUUGAGCGCUUUAAAGAUGGGAAGGACAAACACGAUGAAAACACCUGCUUCACAAUCUUCUACGGCUCACUGUUUGUUCUCAACACCCUCAGUCUGGGAGCUGAUUCUGUUGAGGAAGCACAGAAAUGGCUGAUAGGACUAGAGUUGCUGAGGCAGGAGACACUGGAAGCUCCGACUCCGGUUCUUAUCGAGAGUUGGCUGAGGAAGCAGAUGUAUUCUGUCAAUCAGACCAAAACACACAGCAUCUCCAUGAAGGAGCUGAAGGCUCUACUAGCUUCCAUCAACUACAAGCCCCCCAGCUCUCGUUCCAUCAAAGACAAAUUCCUGGAAGUAGGAGGAAAGAAAGACCGCCUGGACUUUGUGCAGUUUCAUAAAUUUUACAACCUUAUAAUGUUUGAACAGAAUGAGAUCCUGGAUGAGUUCAAAAAGGAAUCGUGUGCUUUUAUUUUGGGUAACACAGAUAAACCAGAUGCCUCAGCAGUUCUGCUCCUUGACUUCCAACGAUUCCUCACCUACCAGCAAAAGGAAUCCUGGGCCAGUGACCUGAACCAAGUCAGAGAGCUGAUGACCACCUUCAUCGAUGACACCAUGAGAAAAACCAAUGAUCCAGAGUUCACCGUCAGUGAGUUCCUCAGUUUCCUCUUUUCCAAAGAGAACUCUGUGUGGGAUGAGAAGUUCUCAGAGAUCAGCAACCUGGACAUGAACAACCCUCUGUCCCAUUACUGGAUCAGCUCCUCACACAACACCUACCUGACCGGUGACCAGCUUCGUAGUGAGUCGUCCACAGAAGCUUAUGUGCGCUGUCUGCGUCUGGGAUGCCGCUGUGUUGAAUUGGACUGUUGGGAAGGGCCCGGGGAGCCAAUCAUCUACCACGGCUGGACCAGGACGACCAAGAUCAAGUUUGAGGAUGUGGUCAAAGCCAUUAACGAUCACGCUUUUGUCACAUCAGAGUUCCCACUGAUCCUGUCCAUAGAGGAGCAUUGCUCUGUGGAGCAGCAGCGUCAGAUGGCUCGCAUCUUCAGAGACGUGUUUGGAGACAAACUGCUGACUGAACCUGUGGAGCAGAUGGCUGAGCAGCUACCGUCACCCACGCAGCUGAAGGGCAAAAUCAUACUCAAGCACAAGAAGCUGAGUGUGGAGGGAGGAGGAACCACCAGAGACUUCAGGAAGGGGCAGAAACAAGGAGAUCUGGAGAUCUGGGACCCUGUGGAUCAGCGGUGGAACAAGCACUACUGUGUGAUCUCUGAUGACAAGCUGUAUUAUGCAGAGGAGUAUGAGGAGGAGGAAGAAGAUCCCAGGAAGUACCAGGACAUGCACUGUUCAGAGCCAUGGUUUCACGGUCGUCUGAAGGAAGGCAGGCUGAUGGCCGAGCGACUGAUUCACGAUUACUGUGUAGAGACCAGGGGAAGAGAUGGUACCUUCCUGGUCCGACCGAGUGAUACCCAUCACACAGACCUCACCCUCUCCUUCUGGCGCAGCGGGAAGGUCCAGCACUGUCGCAUUCGCUCGGGUUCAGAGGGGGGACACACGUACUUCUACCUGACGCCAAACUUGCACUUUCCCAGCGUGUACUCUGUGAUCCAGCACUACAGAGCAAACCCGCUGCGCUGCCAAGACUUUGAACUGCGCGUCACCGACGCUGUACCGCAGCCCAACCCACACCUACAAAAAGGGUGGUUCUACAGUAACCUGAGCAGAGGUCAGGCCGAGGACUACCUGCUGAGGAUUCCUAGAGACGGAGCUUUCCUCAUCCGACAGAGAGAAGGAGAACCAAACUCUUUCGUCAUCACGUUCAGAGGUGACGGUAAGGUCAAACACUGUCGCAUCCAGAAGGAGGGCAACAUGUACCUGCUGGGCACCACAACCGAGUUUGAGAGCCUCGUGGACCUGGUCAACUACUUCAGGAAGAAGCCACUGUAUCGCAAGAUCAAGCUCCGUUACCCAGUCACCCCCGAGGUGGUGGACCACUUUAGCACAGAGAAAGACUGUGCCUCUCUGUAUGAGGUGAAGACGUACGUGGAACCCAACGAGAUCGAGCCCUCACUGCCUCAAAGUACAGUGAGGGCCGUCUACAGCUACCAGGCCAAAAAUCCGGAUGAGCACAGCUUUAGCAAAGGAGCUUUGAUACACAAUGUAUCAAAGGAGAGCAAUGGAUGGUGGAAAGGCGACUACGGUGGAAAGUUGCAGCUGUUCUUCCCAGCGAACUAUGUCGAGGAAGUGUCCAACAACACCAAACCUGACAUCAAAGGACAGGACAUGGAAGACAACCCACUAGGUGAACUAUGUCAGGGCGUGGUGGACAUCUCCAAGUGCAACAUCCAAAACUUGAAGAAUGGUAAGAACGGGAAGCCCAAUGUGUUGACCCUGCAGGACGUGGAGCAGGACAGUCUGCAGUUCGACCUGGCAGCGGGCUCUCUGGUGGAGCUGUUCGAAUGGUACCAAGUGGGCUGGGACAUUACCCAGAGAGCGAUGAGCAAGCAGUAUAACAGGGAACAAGAGAUCAGACAGCAGGAGGAAGUGGAGAAGAAGGCAGAGGUUGCCAUGGAGAUGUCGGACAUGGUGGUCUACUGUCAGCCGCGCAGCAAGGAGAAGGACCGCUUUGACUCUUACAGCUACAAGGAGAUCCGCUCCUUUGUGGAGAACAAGAUGCCAGGAAAGAGCCGCACCAAGGACUUCCUGCAGUACAAUCGCAAGUCCCUGAGUCGCAUCUACCCAAAAGGCCAGCGCGUGGAGUCCUCCAACUACGACCCUUACCCGCUGUGGGCCAUUGGGAGUCACAUGGUGGCUCUCAACUUCCAGACUGCAGAUAAAUACACCCAGUUGAACAGCGCCCUCUUCACUCUGAAUGGACGUACGGGCUACGUGCUGCAGCCGGAGCUCAUGCGCGACGAUAGCUACGAGCCUCAGCAGGAGAGGAAGAAGGUCAAGUACGACAUCGUGGUUAGGGUGAUCGCUGCCAGACACCUCCCAAAGCCCGGCCGCAGCAUCGCCAGUCCAUUCGUAGAGAUCGAGCUGUGUGGGCACACGGAAGAGAAGUUCAAGACCAUCGUCUAUCGUGACAACGGUCUGAACCCGGUGUGGAAAUCCCCGGCAGACUCGGCGGUCUUCACCGUGCUCGAGCCCGAGCUCACCUUCCUGCGCUUUGUGGUCAAUGAAGAGGACAUGUUCUCCGACCCCAACUUCCUGGCUCAGGCCACGUUUCCUGUUAAAGGCAUCCGCUCAGGUUACCGCUCUGUACCUCUGAAGAACGGUUACAGUGAAGACUUAGAGUUGGCCUCUCUGCUGGUCUACAUCAAUGUUCAACAGGCAGGGAAAGCAGAGGAGGAGCUGUACUCGUCCUCCAGCCAGCUGAAGAAAAAGCAGGCGGAGGUCGGUGGCGAGCCUUUCCUGUACGACACGCACACCAACAUCCAGCACUCCGCCGUCCCGCACCAACACAACCCGCUCACCAGAGAGGGCAGCACCGGGGAGAACCACAGGACAAAAGAUAAGAAGAUAAACAACAGUAAGUUCUACUCGUGAAGACUCGCCUGUCCAUGUCCUUCCUGCCUGAGCGGCGCAGAAAUGCCGACUACACAUCUAACAUCACCUCUAUCUGCAUACGUAAGAAAUUGUGAUCUGUGCAGUUAAUAGUUUUCCAAUUUUGAGAUGUUAUAAUUUUUCCUUUUCAUACCCAAAACGGCUUUCUAUUUAUUUAAGAUUCAAAAAAACUUGAGGCACAUUUUAAUGUAAUUUUCUGGGGUAACCUUGGAAAUGUAGGAAAUCAAUAAACUAUAAUGCAGAACCGGCUGAGGCCGGUUGAGGGAAGGUGAAUCGUGUAACUCCUUUAAAAGAGAUAAGAUGUGAGGCUGUAACAUUUCCUCUGAGGUCUCCCCACAGACAGCCAGCGUAGUGCAUUCAGUCUGACAUCAAACUGUUAAGAGGUGGACAACACUGAUACUUGGAUGAUAUUUAUUGUGUAACUGAAAUAACCUUUUCACUGCAGACUGUUCUUCUGCCGGGGAGCAUGUGUCGAAUGAAUCUUUUAUUUUGUCUUAAUUUAAAAUUCUGAUGAGUGUGAGACGACUUGAUAUGUCCCGGGACGUGGAAAUGCUGUUUUUGAUGUGUAGUUUCACCAGCGUGACAUGAUUUUCUCUGUGCGUUUGGAGGUGAGAAGUCAGAUUAGUGAAAACGGGCGAUGCAAUGAGAACUUUUCAUGUAUUUAAUUUGAAGCCAGAUGUGGUUGAUAGCUUUCCUGUAACUCCUCUGAGGCCUUCUUAUGAAUCGAGUCAAUAAAGAAUGCUUGGUUAACUUUA